UCUUCUCCAAGGCUACAUGCGGAUCCAGCAGUUUCGGAAGGCGGAUGGUUCCUAUGCGGCUUGGUUGUCACGGGACAGCAGCACCUGGCUCACAGCCUUUGUGCUGAAGGUCCUGAGUUUGGCCCAGGAGCAGGUAGGAGGCUCGCCUGAGAAACUGCAGGAGACGUCUAAGUGGCUUCUGUCCCAGCAACAGGCUGAUGGCUCGUUCCAAGACCCCUGUCCAGUGAUACACAGGAACAUGCAGGGGGGGUUGGUGGGCAGUGAUGAGACUGUAGCACUCACAGCCUUUGUGACCAUCGCCCUUCAUCAUGGGCUGGCCGUCUUCCAGGACGAGGGUGCAGAGGAAUUGAAGCAGAGAGUGGAAGCCUCCAUCUCAAAGGCAAACUCAUUUUUGGGGGAGAAAGCGAGUGCUGGGCUCCUGGGUGCCCACGCAGCUGCCAUCACGGCCUAUGCCCUGACACUGACCAAGGCUUCCGGGGACCUGCGGGGUGUUGCCCACAACAACCUCAUGGCAAUGGCCCAGGAGACUGGAGAUAACCUGUACUGGGGCUCAGUCACUAGUUCUCAGAGCAAUGCCGUGUCGCCUACGCCGGCUCCUCGCAACCCAGCCGACCCCAUGCCCCAGGCCCCAGCCCUGUGGAUUGAAACCACAGCCUACGCCCUGCUGCACCUCCUGCUUCACGAGGGCAAAGCGGAGAUGGCAGACCAGACUGCAGCCUGGCUCACCCGUCAGGGCAGCUUCCAAGGGGGAUUCCGCAGUACCCAAGACACGGUGAUUGCCCUGGAUGCCCUGUCUGCCUACUGGAUUGCCUCCCACACCACCGAGGAGAGGGGACUCAAUGUGACUCUCAGCUCCACAGGCCGCAGUGGGUUCAGGUCCCACGCGCUACAGCUGAACAACCGCCAGAUUCGCGGCCUGGAGGAGGAGCUACAGUUUUCCUUGGGCAGCAAGAUCAAUGUGAAGGUGGGAGGAAACAGCAAAGGAACCCUGAAGACUCUGCUGAGGGCCUGGGGCAGUGAAGACUGGCGCAAGGUCACCCUCUGGGAAGUGAAGUCACCAGAGACCUUGCGGAGCAGCUUGGAGAGUUCUCUGAGUAGGAGGGUAACAGAAUGUGAAGGACACUGGAGAGAAGGCCAACAGGAACCAAACAAAAACAGGCCAAGGAAAUCCAGUAUAGGGGGCUGCAGGGCCCAAGGAGUGGGUCCCUCAUCUCUCCUCCCCACGCUGGGCCAGGUUCCCACCUCCCGGGAGUGCAUGGGCUUUGAGGCUGUGCAGGAAGUUCCCGUGGGGCUGGUGCAGCCAGCCAGCGCAGCCCUGUACGACUACUACAACCCGGAGCGCAGAUGUUCUGUGUUUUAUGGGGCACCAAGUAAGAGCAGACUCCUGGCCACCUUGUGUUCUGCUGAAGUCUGCCAGUGUGCUGAGGGGAAGUGCCCUCGCCAGCGUCGCGCCCUGGAGCGGGGUCUGCAGGACGAGGAUGGCUACAGGAUGAAGUUUGCCUGCUACUACCCCCGUGUGGAGUACGGCUUCCAGGUUAAGGUUCUCCGAGAAGACAGCAGAGCGGCUUUCCGCCUCUUUGAGACCAAGAUCACCCAAGUCCUGCACUUCACCAAGGAUGUCAAGGCCACUGUUAAUCAGAUGCGCAACUUCCUGGUUCGAGCCUCUUGCCGCCUUCGCUUGGAACCUGGGAGAGAAUAUUUGAUCAUGGGUCUGGAUGGGGCCACCUAUGACCUCGAGGGACACCCCCAGUACCUGCUGGACUCGAAUAGCUGGAUCGAGGAGAUGCCUUCUGAACGCCUGUGCCGGAGCACCCGCCAGCGGGCAGCCUGCGCACAGCUCAACGACUUCCUCCAGGAAUAUGGCACUCAGGGGUGCCAGGUGUGAGGGCUGCCCUCCUGCCUCCCCCGGGAGGAACCUGAGCCUGGGAACCAUGAAGCUGGAAGCACUGCUGUCUCCACUUUGCUGAACACAGCCUUGGGCCAGGGCAUAUUAAAGGUUUUUGGCAGCAAAGCGUCAGUGU